CUCGCGGCUGCGGGCUCCCGGGUGGCGGUGCCGGGAAGUCGCUGUGGGCGGGGACCGCGGCUGCGGCGCGCGACGCUCUCCUCUUGGGUCCUCGUGGGGAAUGCCCGGGCGUGGACAGGCUGGACCGCUCUGUUCCCUCCAUCCCGGCCGCCGCCCGCAGAUCGGUAGCCGCGGUUUCCAUGGAGCGGGAAGCCGAGGGUGUGAGAACUUCACUCCGGCGGGCGAGGCGAGGUCCGCACGGGGCUGCGCGACGAGAACAGUCCGUCCCUGCGCUUUUUCAAACGUCCAGGCUGUUGCACGCUUCUAGGGUGAAGAAUUGUGAGGUGGAGCAGAGAAAGUUGAUGUCCUAAAACUGAGCCGGUGUGCAGUACAGCUAGAUGAACAAGGCCAGAUCUUGUUAUAGGCUUGCAGAGACGAUCUGAUCACCUGGAAUUAGAGCUGAUCCAGAAACCACUUCUGUUUCAAAAAUGUUGGAGGAAGAUAUGGAAGUAGCCAUCAAGAUGGUGGUCGUAGGGAAUGGGGCAGUUGGAAAGUCCAGUAUGAUUCAGCGAUAUUGCAAAGGCAUUUUUACAAAAGACUACAAGAAAACCAUUGGUGUUGACUUUCUGGAGCGACAGAUUCAAGUUAACGAUGAAGAUGUCAGGCUAAUGCUAUGGGACACCGCAGGUCAGGAGGAAUUUGAUGCAAUAACAAAGGCGUACUAUCGAGGAGCCCAGGCUUGUGUGCUUGUGUUUUCCACCACAGACAGGGAAUCUUUUGAGGCGAUUUCCAGCUGGAGAGAAAAAGUAGUAGCGGAAGUUGGAGAUUUACCAACUGUGCUUGUCCAAAACAAGAUUGAUCUGCUGGACGACUCUUGUAUCAAAAAUGAGGAAGCCGAGGCCCUGGCCAAAAGGCUGAAGCUGAGGUUCUACAGGACGUCUGUGAAGGAAGACCUCAAUGUGAACGAAGUUUUUAAAUAUUUGGCUGAGAAACAUCUACAAAAACUCAAACAGCAAGUAAUUGAAGAGCCAGAGCAGACACACUCAAGUAGUAACAAAAUCGGUGUCUUCAACACGCCCGUUGGAAGCCACUUGGGUCAGAAUUCAAGUACCCUUAAUGGUGGAGACAUCAUCAAUCUUAGACCUAACAAACAAAGGACCAAGAAAACCAGAAAUCCUUUCAGCAGCUGUAGUAUACCCUAAGCUGCUUCAGGGAGAAGAGCAGAAUUGCAUUUGCAGUUCACUGAGGAACGCACCCGGUGGCGUCACGGCUUAGAGUCUUAGCGGUCGGACCUUGCACCUCGCUCUGAAAGCUGACAUUGUAAUGCUGCCCUGCAGUGCUUCUCAGAACGUAGAUCGAGACCUCUACUGGAAAGUUACCGCCUUGUGGACUCAUUCUAGUUUUUGACAUUAGACGAAGCUUCUCCUGUUUUUGAAGGGACACGUAGGACAUGUCAAAACGGGUUUUGCUGAAUUUUAAAAUGCUAAAAACAAAGUUGAAAACGACUAAAUCUAAAUGUAUUGGUAACAGUUUCCCUCGCUGCCCAAGGGGAGGCAGCAAGCGUUGCUUCCUUAGAACUGGUCGUCUAGUUUUUCUGAACUGUCCAUUCUGAAUGCGUAAAGAAAGUACUGAAGGGAAAACUCAGAUGCCUGUCAGCCUGCACUCGUUUGUAUUGUCAGUGGAAUAUCUGUCACGGGUUGUGGGAGUGUGCAUGCAGACACCUGGCUCCAGCAAACGAGGUCUGUGCCUGGGAAAGGCUGUAGAUCCUAAGCAGCUCAUGCACACAACCAUUUAUACAUUGUGUCUCUUUCUGGUCUCACACGAGAACUUCAAGACAUAUUUUACAAAACACACUUGGACUUAAAUGUGCCGUGUGCCAAAACAGCCCUCUAAUUUUUACAGUGCUUUAUAGAAUUUUUAUUUGUGGCAUCUUUUAAAGGUGGUGAAGGGAGUGUAAACAUCUGAAUGCCAGGGCCUCUCCUGAGUGAGAGUUCUGCAGAGUCCUCUCCGUGGCCACUGUAAGAUGGUGAGCUCAUGCUGUGAGAGAGUCAACCACAUCCCCAGGUCCACAGCAGCCACCCAGAAGAUCCCGGGAAGUGUGCACAUUAGCUUUUUGGCUGCUGACUGAGACCCCCCGACCCUGAACUUUGAAGAUGAAGGGAACCAUUUUUUCAGAAUGUACGAAGGUAGUCUUUGGUCCUGAGCCAGGUUAUGGAUUUUUCGAAGCCUUGCAACUCUAAAUCAUCCUUCUGUUUACAAACCUUGUAUAGCAUUUUAAGAUUAUCGCUUAAAAGUUUCUGUGGCCUUUGGUUUCCAUGGCACCUUAUUGAGAGAUGUUGGCACAGGAGUGUCUGCAAAGAAACGACCCAGUGUGUCGAUGAUGACACGCCUGUCAAAGAGAUAAUCUCAUGAGUUCUUUUAAAAACUGAUUAUUCUUUAUCAGUGGUUUUGUUUAUAAAGCAUUAGUAGCUCCUUUCCACACCCUGGUUCUCACAGGACUUAAAGUAUAUAAAAGCGAUUUUUCUUGAAAAAUGUGCUAUGAUGUCAUUUUCUAUUCUUUUUACAAAAAUAUGUCCAGAAUAUAUAAAUAUUUGAUGCAUUUCCUUUUUUUUCUCCUCCCCCCGUUUUUAAGUUUACCCCCAUUAUACCGCCCUCCUCCCGCCUGGAUCGAUAUUGAGCAUAGUAGAGCAUCCUUGUUCUGUGGUCGAGACUGAAGCUGGCCUUUCCCAUUAAACCCAUCUGCCAUCAUCCGUCCGCGAACAGUAAAGAUGUUUAUUUUGUGUUUCAGUUGUUAGCACUCCCGUUGCUGGCAGGAUCCUAACCAGGGUCCCUAGGUCCCCGCUGUGAGUUGUGUUUUUUCUCUCUUCAAAUACAGUCUUCGGUUUUUGCACAGAGUGUAUUUGGUGACAAAUAACCUUGUUAUUUUUAAUUGGCAGGAUUGAAUUGGGAGGAUUCAUGAGAGAGCACUGUAAGCUCUGCUCCUAGGCACGAAUGUGGGCUGAGAGGUGUGCGGUACUCGUCUAUGACAUAGACCCAGACUGGUGGUGGCUGCUGUUCCUCAUAUUUGUAACAGAAUUUUAUGUGCUUUAUCUUUUUUUAAUGGAAGUCUUUGUAACACAUUUGAAUUUUUACUUUGCAUUGCUGUAUUUUUAUAGACGGUCUAAAAUCAGUCACAAGUAAUAUUAAUUUAUCCAUGUAUUCAAUUCUGAAGCCUUCAGAGGUCACAUUGUCCCCUUGUGUGACUGUAACUUCUAAGAGCUUUAUACGAAAUUCUGGUGAAGCCCUUCGGUGACAACAAAAAGAACCCUGUCCAUUUGUGCCCCGGUUUACGUUUUUUUGCAUCGUCACCAGUGUUUAGUGUCGGGCACAUAGCUGUGGAAUAAUCGCCAUAUCUAAGAGUUCCUCAGGUUCUUUCUUCCAGUCUCUGCCUAUGAAUUAAAUAGUACAUAAAGCAGUCCCUAUAUGGCAGUACAAAAAACACAGGUUGAACUUUUCCUUUUUAUCCGCUCAAAGUGGCAGCACGUUCUCCAAUGCGAGCUAACACUACCACAGUGAGGAGAUGUGGCCCUUCCCUGCAGCGUGAAGUUAGGUGUUGCUUCCCUCCUGUGAGGUGGUGCUGAUAACUCAGGAGUGUGGGCCCCACUGUGUCAGAAGAUUUAGGAUGAGGGGUGGCCUAUGUCUUAGACCCUGAAGUGUGCUCUUGUAAUCUGAGGUGUUGUUAACCUUUGGAGUGAGGCUGGGAACACCUCGAUAGAGCCUCUCUAGCCGAGUGACUGCAGAAGCCAACAGGGUGAGUGUUCCCUCCGCCGCAGCCAUGCAGUGACUGGGUGGCUUUGUUUACCUUAACAGUGACAUGAACAUCUUGUUACUCUUAAGGGUUUCACAUAUGAAACUUGAGAAAGCUAUCGUACAAAUGGAGUUAUCUGCAUACAGGUAAAUAAACCACAGUGGGGUCUGAACUGCCCUGGCACCAGGCUCCAGACAACGGCUGCCACUGCUCCUUUCCUGCUGUCUCUUGGAAUACUAAAGUAGGAGGUUCAUAAGUGGUAUUUUCAAAAUAAAAUCUUUGGAUCAGAGGAAAAACUUAAUCCCUUCUAUAUUUUUGUUACUAAUAAAUAAUGCUUUUGUAAAUCUGACUGGGAAAACUACUUGUAUGCAUUCAUAUUGAGUGGUACUUACGCCUUUGGGAUCAAUUUAAAAAUGUACUACUUGAUUACAGUUUCAAUGAAGAUGAAUUCCAAUAACCAAAACAAUAAAACAUUUCGAA